GCAUGCUGUGCAAAAUUUUCAAACCGAACAGUCAAACCUAACACUCCCUCAUCAAACCUUCCAACUUUAGGUCUCUCCCAACUAAACAAGUUCUUAGAUGCAAUCAAUGGUGGUGAUAUUCAGCUUUCACUUCAAACAUUUCGAUUUCUAAGGUCUACAUUGUAGGAAAGAGCCAAGUGGGUGUGUCUAUGGCACUAGUUAUAUAUUGGUAUGAUAUCGUAUGUUUUGGCAUUGUUGCUGCGUCUUUUGUUGUGUCCCUGUGGGUUCUAUGGAGGAGGGAACUCGCCUCAAAAUGUGACGAUAACUUCUUAUAUCAGAGCCUCCUCGCGGCUCGACCGGAUAUUAAUGAUCCGACCGUGCUUGCAAUGCCAAGGAACCAUGUUGGUUCUUCCCAGCUGUGGACUAGUUGCUGGAAAGGGGUGCACCCAGGGUGGCUCCUGGCUACUCGUUUCAUCUCCUUCCUUGUCAUGGCUGGACUCUUGUGGAGGGAUAUCGUGGACUGGGACGCCACCAUAUUCAUUUACUACACAGAAUGGACAUUUAUGUUGAUUAUGGUAUAUUUCGCGCUGGGCACUGUGAUGUCUGCAUAUGGAUGUUGGGUGUCCUUAAAGCAACCAAUUGUGUCUGAACAUGGCGAAAAUUCUGUUUUCUUGAAAAGGGAUGUGGAAGAGGAUGGAACUGCAACCUCUAUAACUUAUAAGGAGAAAAAAAGUGGGGGUAUCAUCAAGUUACGAAGUCACUGUGCUGAGGAGGCAAUUCGAGAAAGAGCUGGAUUUUGGGGAUACCUUAUGCAAAUUAUAUACCAGACUUGUGCAGGUGCUGUCAUCCUAACGGACAUUAUAUUUUGGUGCAUUAUAGUCCCUUUUUUAUCAAAUACGCACCUUGGCCUCAAUGCGUUGAUGGGUUGCAUGCAUUCUCUGAAUGCUGUUUUUCUAUUGCUAGAUACCGCUCUCAAUAGCCUUCCAUUUCCUUGGUUCCGCCUUGCAUAUUUUGUGCAGUGGAGCUGCCUCUAUGUCAUUUUCCAGUGGGUUAUUCACGCAUGUGGUUUUACGUGGUGGCCAUAUCCAUUCCUCGAGCUUAACACACCCUGGGCUCCUUUAUGGUAUUUUGCGAUGGCUGUAAUUCACAUUCCUUGUUAUGGAAUAUAUGCACUGAUUUUUAAAGCAAAAAAUACGAUUUUUCCCCGAUUGUUCCCUCGUUCUUUUGUGAGAUCAUACUAGUUUCUUGUUUUUUAACAACCGACUGCUGUUAAAGGUGAUCUCAAUUUUGGUUGUAUGUUUACGAAGAGGGAACCCUCGUCCAUUCCCUCAAAAAACUCGUUUUUUAUGGGCAAUUUACAGUUGGAUGAAUGAGUAUUCGUGUCCUGAAAUGAAACUCACCUGACACAUUCGCA